AUGGAAGCCAUUUUCCUGGUACGACAACUUAUGGAGAGAUACAGGGAGCAAAAGAAGAACCUGCAUAUGGUGUUCAUUGAUUUGGAGAAGGCCUAUGAUAAGAUACCACGGAAUGUCAUGUGGUGGGCCUUGGAGAAACACAAAGUCCCAGCAAAGUACAUUACCCUCAUCAAGGACAUGUACGAUAAUGUUGUGACAAGUGUUCGAACAAGUGAUGUCGACACUGAUGACUUCCCGAUUAAGAUAGGACUGCAUCAGGGGCAUCCUCAUUUAUGGUAUCCGAAUGCCCGAGAAAAGAAGCGCAAUGUAUUUUUGCAUGUUGGUCCUACAAAUAGUGGGAAAACACAUAAUGCCCUCAAACGAUUAGAAGCAAGCUCUUCAGGUGUGUACUGUGGACCUCUAAGAUUGUUAGCACGGGAGGUAGCAGAAAGAUUAAACAAAGCUAAUGUUCCCUGUAACUUGACUACUGGACAAGAAAGGGAAGAAAUUGAAGGUGCAAAGCAUAGCUCAGUGACGGUUGAGAUGGCUGAUGUGACGACUGAGUAUCAGUGCGCUGUUAUUGAUGAAAUUCAGGUAUGUAGUGAUCCACAUUUUAUGCACUCACUAGAAAAAUAUGAGCUUCAUGUUUGUGGUGACCCAGCUGUUGUCCCUAUUAUUCAGCGAUUGCUUGAAGCUACUGAUGAUGUGGUUACGAUUCAAUAUUAUGAGAGACUAUCUCCUUUGGUUCCUUUGAAGUCUACACUUGGGCCUUUUUCAAACAUCAAGGCAGGGGAUUGCAUGGUAACGUUCUCACGGCGUGAGAUAUAUAAGCUUAAGAGAAAAAUUGAAAUGGCGGGAAAUCAUCUUUGCUCUGUAGUCUAUGGCUCAUUACCACCAGAAACUCGAACGAAACAGGCGACAAUGUUCAAUGAUGAAGCCAGUGACCUUAAUGUGCUAGUGGCUAGCGAUGCUAUUGGAAUGGGUCUUAAUCUGAACAUUUCUAGAAUUAUUUUCUCUACACUGAAGAAGUUUGAUGGUAUCUGCACCAGGGAGCUGACUGUGCCUGAGAUCAAACAGAUUGCAGGCAGAGCUGGGAGAUAUGGGUCUAAAUUCCCAGUUGGCGAAGUGACCUGUCUAGAUGCUGAAGAUCUCCCGUUACUACACUCAUCCCUGAAGUCACCUUCUCCCAUUAUAGAGCGUGCUGGACUUUUUCCCACAUUUGAUUUAUUGUCCGUGUAUUCACGAUUACAUGGAACUGACUUUCUUCACCCUAUAUUGGAACGUUUCUUGGACAAGGCUAAACUGUCUCCGGACUAUUUUAUUGCCGAUUGCGAAGAUAUGCUGAAAGUUGCUGCUAUUGUUGAUGAGUUGCCUCUUGCGUUGCGUGAUAAGUACAUCUUUUGUCAAAGUCCAGUGGAUGUGAGGGAUGAUAUAUCUACUCAAGGAUUAACACAGGCAAACAUUUCUACCUCUAUUGUUUAUUUGUAUGUUUUUGUAGAAUUAGGAAACAGUUUCACUAAAAUUUUCAAGAUGCAGUUUGCAGAAAAUUAUGCAAAGAAAGGCAUAGUUCGGCUUAAAGAAAUAUUUACACCUGGAACACUGCGGGUGCCUACAACACACAAUCAACUCCAGGAGCUUGAAUCGGUUCACAAGGCAGUUUCUUUUCUGCAUUAUAUAAACUUCCAAGUUAAAAAUCAAACUUGGGAGUUCCAAGGAUGGUUGAUUGAAGAAUACCUUGAGAGGUCAGGAUGGCAGCAACAAGGACAAAGAAGGGUUUUGCGUACUCCACGGAAAAUGCGCCGAGAAUAUGAUGCGUUACAAUUGUAUGAUACAUCUCUUCAGAUGCCAUAUAUUAUUUGCAUUCUAAAAGAUUAA